UGUACCCGGACAACAGCCCCAGGGCCUCGCUAUGAUGACAUCACACGCAGUUUGUCAAAUGGAAUCACUCGGCAUUGUGUUUGCCGUUUUUCCAACAUCUUCUUCCCUGGCGUCCUCUUACUGCUGUGGACGACUGCUGCUGAUUCAAGAAGGACGCGGGCUGCACAUUUUCCUCCAAAGACGACAGACAGGGCUGUGACCUCCUUCUGCCUGACGUCGACAUCACUGAAAGGGUGUGAGUCUACUUCCUGUCCCAUGGCUCUGCAGGAGCUGGGCAUCAGCCUGUCGAUGAUAGGUGUUGCUGGGACCAUCCUGAUCUGCUCCCUGCCCAUGUGGAAGGUGACUGCAUUCAUCGGCACCCAUCUGGUGGUCAUGCAGGUGUUCUGGGAGGGUCUGUGGAUGACCUGUGUCAGCGAGUACACUGGUCAGAUGCAGUGUAAGCUCUAUGACGCCCUGCUGGACCUGUCACCUGACCUCCAGGCAGCCCGCGGCCUCAUCUGCAUCAGCCUGGUCCUGGGAUGUUUGGGCUUCCUCAUCUUCCUGCUGGGUGCCCGCUGCACCAACUGCCUGGGCCACCCGGGGAUCAAGGCUCGGGUGGUGCUGAGCUCCGGUGCCAUCUUCUGCCUGUCGUCGCUGACCACCGUAACUGCUGUUGCCUGGACGGCCAACACCGUCAUCAGUGACUUCCACAACCCGCGUGUCCCUGAGGCCCUGAAGAGAGAGCUCGGAGCAGCCAUUUAUAUUGGCUUUGUCACUUCUGGGCUGGUCUUCUGCGGCGGCGCCAUUCUGUGCACAAGCUGCCCACCACAGAGGGCCAGGUUCCCCAACAGUGGCUACACACGUGCCAGGACCCCCCCACAGGGCAGCUACGCCUUCAAGAACUACGUCUGAAGUGAGGAUCAAGGCCAGACCAAGUCAACACACUGAAGUGUGGGAUGUGGCCUCAAACACAGUAGAUCCAUAUUAAAGCUUCAUGGUGUAAGAAUUAUUGACAUCUAAUGGUGGUUCCUUCCUUUUCAUACAGGAAACGACAGAGGGCUUCACAAACCAGAGAACCAUGAAGUUCAUCUUUGUUUGUGCAGUAAGUGUCUGCUUCAAAAUAUGAAACAAACACUCGGUAGAAAGAUUGUGGAUGGCAGCGACAAAAACCAAAAGACAUAUUUUAAAGCAUUCACACACUUUGGUAGCAUUGAAUUUCUGCCAAUAAACCUUCUAAAAUAUUACACAUUAGAACUUCAAGUCAAUGUCUUGAAAAACAUGUUUUCUGUUUUGGAAAAGUUCAGGCACCUCACAAUAAACCCUACCAAUGUAGGGUUUAUUGUGAGGCUACAAAAACCGAAGCAAUUACACACUUAGACAAACAUAGUUAUGGGUACUUUAUUCCAUUUAUGGCAAUAAACCCUCUUAAAUGUCACACAUUGGACCUUUAAGUGGCUAAUGUAGUUUUACACUUGCAUGCAUGCUUUCUUGUUGAGAUUGGACCUGUAGUGAUUAGCUGAACUUUAAUAAAAGCAUAAAUGGAUGAAUGAAUGUAGAAUUCACAGGAAAUG